AUGUAUAUAAAUCUGGUGAGUUUGAAUUUGUUACUGAAAAAAAUAAGAGCUGUAAUUUGGGCUGAUGCAGAAGAGUUGUUAGAUUCCGUAUGUGAACAACGUAAGCUUAUUGGCAAUUACGAAAUUAAAAUUAUGGCAGAUGGUGGCCAAGGAUUCUUUAAGAUUUGCAUGACUAUCCUUCCAGAAAAUUAUAUAUCCGAAUCUAAUAAAUCUCAGAAUAAUCAGAGUAGUGAUGAAGAAGAUAAUUUUGAAUCUCCUAUAAAAAAAAGAAAACUCUAUUCGGAAGGUGGCAGUACAGGUCACAAAGCAAAAUUGACAAGCGUCCAUCGCUUAAUAAUGCUGUGCAUUGUACCUGACAUUCAAGAAACAUAUGAUAAUAUGAAGCUACUCUUUGAAUUGACUAACAUUAAUAAUAUACCGUUUAAAUUCGUAUCGGACUUUAAACUUCUUUUGAUUGUCAACGGCCAACAAACAACUACGUCAACAUGCCCUUGUCCUUAUUGCUUCAUAACUUUAAACGAUCUAAGAAAUUCUGAGAGCGGAAAUAAUAGUGGGGAGCACAAUAUUGAGACGGAUGCAGAUGAAGGAAAACUAUGCAGUGGAUUUGAAACUCUAAAGACUUACGGACACAUUAGAAAAGAUUACGAUUCCUUUUCCUCGAUGCACAAAAAAAAGAAAAAUGCUAAGUAUUGCCACAGUACUGUUAAUCUGCCUCUUUUUGCCGAAGAUGAUAACAUGUAA